AUGGUGCAAAAUAGUGUAUUGUGUCCAGUGAAGUUCAGCCAGUGGGCCUCGCCAAUCGUAGUUGUUGAGAAGAAGGAUGGCUCCAUCAGGAUAUGCACCGACUUCAAGCGGACUCUGAACAAAGUGAUAGACGUAGAGCACUACCCGUUACCCCAAUUGGAGGAUGUUUUCGUCAAGGCUCAAGGUGGGCGGUUCUUCACAGUGUUGGACAUGACAGGAGCGUUUCAACAGUUGAAAAUUGCAGAGUCUUGUGAAGAGCUUUUCACUAUCAAUACCCCGUUUGGCCUGUACCGCUAUAAGAGGCUGACUUACGGUGUGUCCAGUGCUCCGGCCAUUUUCCAGCGCGUUAUGGAAACCAUUCUGGCAGGGAUUCCGAGAGUGAUAGUGUACAUUGAUGAUGUUUUUAUAUCCGGCCGUGAUGAAGAAGAAACCAGACGCCUUACCAAACUUGUCCUCGACAGACUUCGUCAAUACAACGUUCAAAUAAACUUCGACAAAAGUAAAUUCAUGUGUGAAGAAGUUGAGUACCUAGGCCAUACGUUCAACCAAGACGGUAUACAACCAACAAAAGCCAAGAUGGAUUGUAUACUAGAAAGCAUUCCUCCAGAGAACCUGAAACAACUUCGCUCUUACGUGGGUAUGCUGAACUUCUAUCACCGCUUCGUUCCUGAACUGUCAACUGUGCUGAAGCCGCUUUACGAGUUGACGAAGAAAGGUCAAGAAUUCCAGUGGUCCAGCGAGUGUCAAGCUGCGUUUGAGGAGUCGAAGAAGAGGUUGUGCCAAAAUAGUCUAAUAGUUCCGUAUGAUCCUACCAAAGAAAUAGUGGUUGCAAGCGAUGCCAGCCCAUGGGGGCUUGGAGGAUGCCUGUCCAUCAUCAUAAAUGGAAUGGAGAGACCAGUGAUGUUUGCAUCGUGUACACUUUCAGAAACCGAGCGAAAAUAUUGCCAACUACAGAAAGAAGCUUUGGCGAUAGUGUUUUGUUUAAAAAAGUUUCACCGAUACAUCUACGGCCGAAAGUUUACGUUAGUGACCGACCAUGAACCUUUGAAAUUGAUAUUCGACCCACAAAAAGAUGUACCUGUUCUAGCUGCACAACGGAUUCAAAGGAAUCCGUCGUUGGAGUCGAGUACAGUAGAAGAUACAGUCGCAUCAUUCAACCUCUCAAGUGACCUCCCUCUUUGCUACCAUGCGGUGGCAGAAGAAACGGUAAAGGAUCCAGUGCUUCUGCAAGUGCUAAAAUAUUUGGAAGAUGGUUGGCCGAAAAAUGAACAACGUAGUGAAAUGAAACCGUUUUUCUCCAAACGCUAUGAGUUGAAUUUAGAACAAGGUUGUAUUCUGUGGGGCUCUCGUGUCGUUAUUCCCACUAACAUGCGUCAAAAGGUGCUGCAAAUGUUACACGAUCAACACGUAGGAAUAGUGCGGUGCAAGAUGUUGGGGAGAAGUGUAUGCUGGUGGCCUAGUAUGAAUGAAGAGAUCGAAGCUUUUGUUGGCCGCUGCUUAGAGUGUCAGACGAAUAGGAGAAGUGAAAAGAAGGAUGUGUUCUCACCAUGGCCAUCAACAAGCUCGAACUGGGAACGUCUUCAUCUGGAUUUUUGCCAACUGUACGGACAAAAUUAUUUGAUUGUAUUCGACGCUCAUACCAAGUGGAUUGAGGUAUUUCUUAUGAAAACCACUACGGCGGGAGAUGUGGUCCAGAUUCUGAGGUCGUUGUUUGCUCGUUUCGGUAUCCCGGUUAGCAUCGUCAGUGAUAAUGGCCCACCUUUCACCUCUACCGAGUUUGUUAGUUUUCUACAAGGCAACAGCGUCAAGGUGUUCAAGAGUCCUGCAUACCAUCCCGAGUCAAAUGGAUCCGCUGAAAGAGCUGUCCAAACAGCGAAACAAACACUACGCUCUACUCUUAAACACAAAAAGAAACCUGCUGAAAUUCAACUGGCUUUGGAAAACUUUGUCUUCAAGUAUCGAAACACACCAUCAACAUCGACCGGCCAAACACCCAGCGACAUGAUGCUGAAACAUAAAGCUCGGACGCUGCUGAAUAUCCUCAAACCUUCUCCAUUCAAUCAACCACCAAACCGGCCAACGCUUAAAACGAGGAAGGCGCUCUGUGUAGGUGACAAAGUUACGUUGAAGUGGAAGCCGAACACCCCUGCGAUUCCUGCAAGAAUUCUACACAUCGUUGGUCAUAACACGUAUUUGGUGAAUGUCAACAACACCGUUAAGAUGGCUCAUGCAGACCAACUUCGAGCAUCCGAUUUAGACGAGAAUAUGUUCCCUGGUUUAGUGAUCCUGCCUAAUGUCUCUGAAUCAGUGACAGAUCAUUCGGAGACUGAGCCUCUUGAGAGGGAUAAAGGAGAAUUAGCAGCUGCAAACACUAAAGAUGGCCAUACAUCGGGCGAGGGUGCUGAUCUAGCUUCGCCGAAGGUUCGACGUUCCGAAAGGUUCCUAAUAAAUAACGUUCGUAGUUCUCUCGUGAUCGUCAAGCUAUACACUUCAUUUCUGUCGAUGUCCGAAGUAUCAUAG